AUGAUGGAGUGGGAAAAGCAACCGCCGCGGGCGGCGGAGGAGGCCGGCGGCGGCGGCGGCGGCGGCGUCUGUGGGGGCGGGAUGUUUGUGAAGGUGAUGACCGACGAGCAAAUGGAGGUGCUCAGGAAGCAGAUAGCGGUUUACGCCACCAUUUGCGAGGAGCUCGUCGAGCUACACAAAUCCCUCACCUCCCAGAACGAUCUUGCCGGUGUGAGGCUGGGGAACCUGUACUGCGACCCCUUGAUAGCCAGCGGGGCCCACAAGAUCAGCGGGCGGCAACGCUGGACCCCAACCCCAAUGCAGCUCCAGAUCCUUGAACGCAUAUUCGACCAGGGGAUUGGGACCCCGAGCAAGCAGAAGAUCAAGGAGAUAACGGCCGAGCUGUCCCAGCACGGUCAGAUAUCCGAGACCAAUGUCUACAACUGGUUCCAGAACAGGCGGGCCCGCUCCAAACGCAAGCAACAGUCGGCCCCAUCUACCAACGAGUCUGAAGUCGACACUGAGGUUGAGUCCCCCAACGACAAGAAGACCAGGCAUCCCGAGGACGAGUUCCAGCACGUGCUGCCCGCCAGGCCCAAUCAGGAGCUCUGCUUCCAGAGCCCGCAGGCCCAACCCGUGGACCUGCACGCGGGGAAGCACGACUCUGCCUUGCCUCAGGAGUGCAGCUCCAAGUUCGGUGAGGCCAUGAGCCAGAUGUCGUUCUAUGGGAGUAUGUUGUCAAACACGAGAAUGGACCAGUUCAUGGGAAAGAUGGAAGUACCAGGGAGCUAUAGUCCUUAUCUGCAGCAAGAUGAGUACAGCAUGGAUGGUUGA